UUGAAAUUAGGGUUUUUGAAAAUGGUGGAAAAUGGGGCUAAGGCUAUGAAGAAGGGAAAGAAGAGAGCACUUCCAGAGAUUAGCGAGUCAGAGGAUGUCUCGAGGACGAGGAGGCCGAGGCGUGCUGCAGCGUGUACGAAUUUCAAGGAGAAAUCUGUCAGACUCGAUGAGAAAUCUGCUACUGUUGAUGUAAAGAGACAGCAGACUGUUGACAAGGAGCUUGUCGCGUUAAUGUUAACGACUCUGGAGGGUGGUGACAUCGAACCUCGUCCAACCAGGAGACUGAAUGAUUUCGUUUUGUUUGAUUCAGAUGGAGUCUCACAGCCUGUGGAGAUGUUGGAGAUCAAUGACAUAUUCGUUUCUGGUGCUAUCUUAAAUUCGGAUGUAUGUUUCGACAAGGAGAAAGAGAAGGGUGUGAGGUGUCCAUCUUUUGGACGGGUUGAGAAUUGGAGUAUUUCUGGUUAUGAAGAUGGUUCCCCUCUGAUUUGGAUCUCAACGGAGUUGGCGGAUUACGAUUGUCGUAAACCUGCUGCUAGAUACAAGAACGUUUAUGAUUAUUUCUUUGAGAAAGCGCGUGCUUCAGUGGCUGUGUAUAAGAAAUUGUCCAAGUCUUCGGGUGGGGAUCCUCAUACGAGUCUUGAUGAGUUGCUUGCUGCGGUUACUAGGUCAAUGAUUGGAAGCAAGUACUUUUCUAGUGGUGCGGCAAUCCAAGACUUUGUUAUAUCUCAGGGAGAGUUUAUAUACAACCAACUCGCUGGUUUGGAUAAGACUGCCAAGAAACAUGAAACAAGCUAUGCUGAGAUUCCUGUUCUUGUAGCUCUCAGAGAUGAGAGUAGUAUAGUUGACAAGGCUUUGCAGAUGAUGGAAAACCAUCUAAUGGGGUUCUGAGGAUUGAUGGAGUUUCUGAAGUUGCCGAGACCAAUGGCUUCACAUCGAAGCAACUAGUUGAUGGUGCUGAUGAGGACAGAAGAUAUGCUAAACUGUUACAAGAUGAAGAGUAUAGGAAAUCUAUGCAGCGGCGGCCCAGAAAAAACAGCAGCUCAGCUUCUGCCUUAAAUAUGUUCUACAUUAAGGUCAAUGAAGAUGAGAUUGCCAGUGAUUAGCCUCUCCCGUCGUACUAUAAGACCACCAAAGAAGAAACAGAUGAGCUUCUGCUUUAUGAUGCUUUGUAUGAGCUUGACGCUAGUGACCUGCCUCGCAGGAUGCUUCACAACUGGGCUCUUUACGACUCUGAUUUACGGAUGAUAUCUCUUGAGCUUCUUCCGAUGGAACAAUGUGAUGAUAUUGAUGUCACCAUUUUUGGGUCAGGCGUGGUGACUGACGAUAUGAGACGUUGGUUUUCUCCAGACGAUCCCGACAGUGGUUCCCAGUCAUACGAUCCUGAUGGGAUGAGCAUAUUUCUCAGUCAAAUAAAGGGAUGGAUGAUUGAGUAUGGAGGGGGCGGAUAUAUCUCCAUUUCUAUACGAACAGAUAUGGUCUGGUACCGUCUUGGAAAGCCGUCAAAGUAGUAUGCCCUUUGGUAUAAACCUGUUCUGAAAACAGCAACGGUUGGGAUAAGCAUUAUUAAUUUGCU